UUAACCAUUUCUCUGCUUCAUUUCUUCCCUUACACUUCCGGAUAACGCCCCCAAAUGGCCGGCUCCUCCACUUCCAUCUUCUCACCCACCGCCACCGCCACCGCCGCCACUGCCACCACCUCCUCCUCCUCAACCCACCGACCCUUCUUAUACAAUUUCCCCUCCAAAAUCACUCCACAGUUCAACAGACCCACCACCCGCAUCUUCGUCUCCUCCUCCACCAACACUUCUCGCGCCGCCGCCAAUUCCAAAAACGCCGCCGAAGAAAUCGUUUUCUUCGACGGCGGCGCCCACUACGGCGACCUGGUAGCAAAUCUUCUUCUGGGUUUUACUCUGCUUUGGUUGCCCCUAACUCUGGCCGCCGUUUCUAGGGCUUUUUACCUCAGAUACAGAUUCACCAACCUACGGGUGACGGUGAUUUCGGGACUGACGGGUGAGGAUAGGAGCGAUUUCUCGUAUAAUGUGAUAAAGGACGUUCAGGUGGUGCCACGUUUCAUCGGAGAAUGGGGUGAUGUUGUAAUUACUCUCCAAGAUGGUACUAAGGUUGAUCUUAGGAGCGUUCCCAAGUUCAGAGAGAUCGCUAAGUACUGUCUUUCUAUGGCGGAUAAACCUGCUGUUCCUAAAGAAACUGGCCCUAAAGGAUUUUAGGGAUAUAUCCAUUCAGUUCCCUUUGUGUACGUAAUUCUAACUUUACUCCUUUUUUUGUUUUUGAAUUUCUUCUUGGGAUUUGGAUGGAGGGUGUAUGAGUAUCGUUUAUAUAUGUGUACCAAAUUGUGGGAAUUAGUAUACAGUUCUGUAUUGAAUUUUGCCAGAACUAUAUGAUUGAGAUGUUUAUCCAUGGAUGGAGGUUAGACUACAUUUAUAAGUUGUUAAAUGUUGUAAAUGCCUACUUUCAAACCGGAUGGAUCUAUAAAAGCAUUGAGUCAAGUGUAUAUUAACUAGAGUGGGUUUGAAGUUACAAA